UCCAAUAAACAAUCAUACUCCACAAAACCACAUCAAAGUUUCUCUCUUUACCGCUAGAGGAAGACAUGGGGUCCAAAGGGUCCAUCUCCAUGAAGCUUUUGCUGCUUCUGCAUUUGGCCAUUCUCUGUUCUUCACAGGGUUUUGAUUUCUACUACUUCGUUCAGCAGUGGCCAGGCUCCUACUGUGACACACAGAACAGUUGCUGCUACCCGACCACUGGGAAACCCGCUGCUGAUUUUGGCAUUCAUGGACUCUGGCCUAAUAACAAAGAUGGUUCUUACCCGUCUAACUGUGAUUCAAACAAUCGUUUUCAGCAAUCACAGAUAUCAGAUUUGACAAGCAGUUUGCAGAGGAAUUGGCCGACUCUAGCAUGCCCAAGUGGUAGUGGAGUUCAAUUCUGGACUCACGAAUGGGAGAAACAUGGCACUUGCUCUGAGUCAGUCCUUAAGCAACAUGACUAUUUUGAAGCAGCUCUCGAUCUGAAGCAGAGAGCCAACCUCCUCCGAGCUCUUGCAAAUGCUGGGAUAGAAGCAGAUGGAGGGUUUUACAGUCUUAGCAGCAUCACAGGGGCUAUAAAAGAUGCAAUUGGGUAUACUCCAUACGUUGAGUGCAAUGUGGAUGCGUCACGUAACAGCCAGCUUUACCAAGUUUAUUUGUGUGUCGACACUUCAGCCUCUGGUUUCAUCGAAUGCCCUGUCUUCCCUAAAGGCAGAUGUGGCUCCCAAAUUCAGUUCCCAACUUUCUAACACUUGUAUCUAGGAACCACUUUAUGUGUGAAGUGCAUCUUCCCCUUUCUGUCUGUUGCUUUUGCAUUAUAGUUUCUCUCUUACCAAUUGUAACUGUGCUUUAGUCCAUGCAUCACUUCCCCCAGACAACUAAACUUUUAUAAUAUUUAAUACCAAGUUCAGUUA